UUCGUUUGUAAGGCUGGCGAUUCGAAUUUUCGGAGAUCGGAGUGGUUGUUGGUAUUAGGCGGCCGGUUCUUGUGGACUCAACAAAAUCUCACGCGACGUGAUGGUGAAAGGUUGCAAAAACCGGUGAAAGCUGGAAUGGAAAGGGCCAACAGGCACUAGGGAUCAGGCUGGAUGGCGUGUUGCUAAGUUACUAGCAGACGAUGAUGUUGAGCAAUGGAGUUAUGCCUUGUAAAGGUUCUCGUCAGGAAUUCAGGUGAAGUGAAAGAGUUGUUUUGUCGUGAAGGGGACAGGAGAGGAGGGAGUCGAGAAGGGGGCGGAGGAGGCUGUGGCAGUGACAAAGAUCCACUCUCCUGUGGUGAGUGGUGUGUGUCUGGUGCUUUGAACUUUGAAGGGGGAGACCGGGGAAUUGGUGGUCGAGGCUCAAGAAUGGUGGUUUCGGGCAAGGAUGACACAGGUCGAAGCUCGAUAUGUGUGGGUUGGACAGCUCCCGAUCAAUGGGAUGGAGGUGGAUAUGGAUGUGAGAGGGAUGAUUUUCAAGAAAGAGUGAGAAGAGGAAGACGUUGUCAGUUGUGCUCACGCCGUUUCAGGACUGAGUGUUGAAGCGCGAGU